GUAUUAACUACUCGUGGAAACUUAGUGGCGAAGUUAAAAUUUCGAUUUUAUUAAUUCUAAAUUAAUAUGCGCACAUGUUUAGGGGCUACCUUUUUGUCCGUCCCCUGCCUUUAAUAGUUCUUGACUUCUUUUCCUUUUUAUUGAGUUAAUGAUCAACUAUUUUUUACGCUCCAUUUAUCAGUUCGUAUAUUUUUCUAAUUGAAUUAUCAUUAUUUAUGUAUUAACAUACACCUAGUCGAGAAGAUGGUGAUGGUUUAGAGAAGCACAGACCCUAUUCAUGUGUAGUGGUUCUGGGAGUGAAGUUUGUUCUACUGAAUUAGCCAUGGAAGCUAAAAUUCAGAAGCAAAAAGAACUUGUCCCUGAUUUCUCCCUUUUGCUCGAGUUGUCGGCCUCGGAUGAUAUUAGAAACUUCCAGAAGGCUGUAGAAGAGGAAGGCCAUGACAUCAAUGAGGUGGGCUUAUGGUAUGUUAGGAGAGUUGGUGUAAAGAAGAUGGGAUAUGAGGAGAGGACACCCCUUAUGGUUGCUGCUACUUUUGGCAGCAAACAGGUGCUGAGUUAUAUGCUUGAGAAGGGUUGUGUUGAUGUUAAUCAAGCUUGUGGUUCGGAUAGGGCUACUGCGCUUCACUGCGCAAUUUCUGGUGGCUCUGCAGCUUUGCUUGAGGUUGUCAAGCUCUUGGUUGAUGCUUCUGCUGAUGUGAAUUUGGUGGAUGCAAAUGGGAAACGAGCUGUUGACCUGAUCUCUGGUCAGAGUUGUUGCCUCAACUCUAGGAGGAAGAUACUGGAGCACUUGCUUGGAGGAUGCAACACCGACGAGGUGAUUGAUCAGAUCAUUUCUGAACAAGCAGAGGAACAACUGUUGUUGACUCCAACUGUAUCUAAAUUUGGGAUCGAGAAGAAAGAGUAUCCUGUCGAUCCCUCUCUUCCGGACAUAAAGAAUGGGAUAUAUGGGACUGAUGACUUUAGAAUGUACAUAUUUAAGGUGAAACCAUGCUCGAGAGCAUACUCCCAUGAUUGGACAGAGUGCCCCUUUGUUCACCCUGGUGAAAACGCUAGAAGGCGUGACCCUAGUAAGUACCACUAUAGUUGUGUCCCUUGUCCAGACUUUCGCAAGGGGACAUGCCAAAGGGGAGACUCUUGUGAGUAUGCACAUGGUAUUUUUGAGUGCUGGCUUCACCCUGCACAAUACCGGACCCGUAUGUGCAAGGAUGAAACAAAUUGCAAUAGGAGGGUUUGUUUCUUUGCCCACAAACCUGAAGAACUUCGACCCUUGUAUCCUUCCACGGGGUCUGCUGUUCUUUCCCCUAGAUCAUAUUCCAGUGGCGCGUCGUCAUUGGAUAUCACAUCGAUUACUCCACUAGCCCUUGGCUCUCCAUCAGUUAUGGUACCUCCUACUUCAACUCCACCUAUGUCUCCUUCAGCUGGCGCUUCUUCUGUGGGUGGAUCUUUGUGGACCUGCCAGUCCAGCCCUGCAACUCCAACCUUGCAACUGCCGAUUAGUCGGUUAAAAACCGCAAUCAAUGCCAGAGACAUGGAUAUAGGUAAUGGUUAUCUGAUGCAAGAUCAGCUGAUGGAUGAGUUAUCUGCUCUUUCUUCGCCAUCCAGGUGGAAUAGUUCUUCAGCCAAAGCUGCUGCUUUUGCAGCUUCUUUAAAUGAUCGAAACGGUGAAUUCAGUAGGCAUGGUGGAUUGAACCCCUCUAAUCUUGAUGAUAUAAUAGCAAACCUUGAUGCCAAGAUACUGUCUCAGCUGCAAGGACUAUCACUUGAUGCUGUAUCUCCCCAGCUGCAAUCUCCCAAAGGGAUGCAGAUGCGACAGAACAUGAACCAGCAACAUAUGACAAGCUAUUCCUCCAGUCAAUCCUCACAGUCUUUUAGGACAUCAUCUUCAUAUGGAAUUGAUCCAUCUAAUGCUGCAGCAACAGCAGUUUUGAGUUCAAGGGCAGCUGCAUUUGCCAAGCGAAGCCAGAGUUUCAUUGAUCGAAGUGGUGCAGGCCGUCUUCCUAAUGCAUCUGCUGUGCUUUCUAACCUCUCAGGUUGGGGCUCACCUGAUGGUAAAUUGGACUGGGGCAUCCAGAAGGAAGAGCUCAAUAAGUUGAGAAAAUCUGCUUCCUUUGGUUUACGGAGCAGUGGCAGUAGGUUUCCUACUACAAGUGAAUCCUCAGUUUCUGACUCGCUCGUUGAGCCUGAUGUCUCUUGGGUUCAGUCUCCGCAUUCCCCUUCUAUGACUUCGAGACAAUUGGCUACGAUGGAAGAUCAACAGUAUCGGUUGAAUACUAGUCGAGGUUCUGAGACAAUGCCAACAUGGGUAGACCAGCUAUACAUGGAGCAGGAGCAGAUUGUGCAUUGAUACUGAAAAGAUUGCAUUCUUUCAUGGAGUAAUAUCUAACAAGUUCUUUUGCAAUUUUUUGUAUUCUUUUUCGUAAUGAUAAGCAGAGAGGGGGCUACACAAAGGUCUUUCUUUGGGCAGGGUGGAAGAAUUCUGCUCUUACAAAUAUUUGUAUCUUUUAUUUUUUAUUUUUAAGUUCAGAAUUUUGAUUAAUCUCAUCACUAUAGACUAUGUAACACGGCAAUGAAUAAUGAUACAAAUGAAAUUACUCUGAUUCAAAAGCCAAGAUAUCAAA